CUUCCAACUUCUACACACAAACGCCUGUCCUGUGUUCUCUCUCUUUUCUCCUGUCUCUCUCUGUUUUUCAACAUUUGCUUUCUGAAGCGGUAAGAGAGACACGGAGACGCAGACACGCUCUAUCAUAUCAACUGAACAAAUCACGUGUAACUCUAUUUAUGAUCAUGCUGUUUAGAACUGCUCCUUUCAGUUUCAAGUUUCUAUUUUUCUUCAACUUUAGGAAACCCAACUUAGUACUGUAACUAUAUCUCUUUCUUUUUUAUUAUUAUUGUUGUUAUUUAAUAUAUUUUCACUUUUCUAGCUUAUAGAUUCCUUUGAUUUGUUGUUAUGAUUUGGUGUGGUGUCGGUUCUUCUUUCACCUGUAUCUAAUCAAAGGGAGCCAUCACUGUGGGAAGGACUCUGAAGUAUAAUAGGUCAACAUCUACCUUGUGCACUGUGUGAAAUUCAUGGAUGGUUUUGGUUUUGGGAACUUUUGACUUGACCUUUUACCAUGGAAAGAGGAGUGUGUCCUAUCCUGUUGUUGGUGCUGGUUUUUUCUCUUGUGCUCUCUGUUUAUGCUAUGGAUGUUGAGUUUGGACCCUGCAAUAAUUGUGAUGAUGAGGAAGGGAUUUGGACCAUCCAGAGCAUCCUGGUUUGCCAAAAAGUCAGUGACUUCUUCAUUGCCAUUGCAUAUUUUUCCAUACCCCUUGAGCUACUUUACUUCAUUAGCUACUCCAAUGUCCCAUUCAAAUUGGUCUUCCUUCAGUUCAUUGCCUUCAUUGUUCUCUGUGGAUUGACACAUUUGCUCAAUGCCUACACCUAUUAUGGCUCUCCCUCCUUCCAGCUUUUGAUCUCUCUCACCGUUGCGAAAUUCCUUACUGCUCUUGUGUCCUGUGCUACUGCAAUCACCUUUCCUACUCUCAUUCCCCUUCUUCUCAAGAUCAAAGUGAGAGAGCUUUUCUUGAGGCAGAAUGUGUUGGAACUGGGCCAAGAGGUUGGGAUGAUGAAGAAACAGAAGGAAGCGAGCUGGCAUGUUCGAAUGCUGACUCGGGAAAUUAGGAAGUCUCUGGAUAAGCACACUAUCUUGUAUUCCACCCUUGUUGAGCUUUCCAAGGCCUUGGAUCUGCAUAACUGUGCUGUGUGGAUGCCCGACAAUGACAGGCGAGAGAUGCAUUUGACCCAUGAAUUGAAACCGAGUUCGGCUAAUAAAUUAAAAAUUUCUAUUCUUAUAAGUGAUCCAGAUGUGUUGGAGAUAAGAAAGAGUAAGGGUGUGCAGAUUUUGAGGCCUGAUUCUGCAUUGGGAGCUGCUAGUGGUGGUGAAUCUGGGGAGUCGGGUUCUGUAGCAGCUAUCCGCAUGCCGAUACUUCAUGUUUCCAAUUUCAAAGGAGGGACACCGGAAAUGGUUGAUACAUCUUAUGCUAUAUUGGUUUUGGUUCUCCCAAAUUUAAACUCAAGGGCUUGGAACCCCCAUGAGAUGGAUAUAGUAGAAGUAGUUGCUGAUCAGGUUGCUGUAGCCUUGUCUCAUGCAUCUGUUCUUGAAGAGUCUCAGCUGAUGAGGCAGAAACUUGCAGAGCAAAACCGAGCGCUGCAACAGGCUCAAAAGAAUGCAAUGAUGGCCAGCCAGGCAAGGAGCUCAUUUCAGAAAGUCAUGAGUAAUGGAAUGCGAAGGCCUAUGCAUUCAAUCCUUGGCUUGCUUUCAAUAUUUCAAGAGGACAAUCUAAGACCUGAACAGAAGAUUAUUAUUGACACAAUGUUGAGAGUUAGCAAUGCACUUUCCAGUUUGAUUAGUGAUGUAAUGGAGAUUUCGGCAAAUGACAAAGGAAGCUUUCGGUUAGAGAUGAAACCUUUCGAUCUGCAUUCCAUGAUGAGGGAAGUUUCUUGCAUUGCUAAGUGUUUGUGUGUACAUAAAGGCUUUGGUCUUGAAAUUGAUGUCCACAAGGGUUUACCAGGGUUGGUUAUAGGUGAUGAGGCAAGGUCUUUCCAAGUAAUUUUGCACUUGAUAGGUUAUCUGUUGAACAUGUAUGACAAAGGGACUCUCAUUUUUCGAGCAUUUCCUGAAAAUGAGAGUGGAAAUAAGGAUGAUAAAGGUCUUGGAAUAUGGAGAUCAAGUGUGCAACAUGACUAUGUAUAUGUAAAAUUUAGUUUUCGGGUAACGGGCAUUACUUCCGAGUCAGAUGUAUUAAAUUCAGCAAAACAUUAUUCUGAUAGAAGGCACUACAACAAUGAACCUAAUGAGGGCCUGAGCUUCAGCAUGUGCAAAACGCUGGUGCAGAUGAUGCAAGGUAAUAUCUGGAUGUCGCCAAACUCGUCGGGUUUGGCUCAAGGCAUGACACUUCUUCUCAAGUUUCAGCUAGGUCGACCCUCGGUUGGAAGAUCCACAUUUGCACUAAGAGAUGCUCCAAACCCUCAGUUUAGAGGCCUUAAGGUUGUGUUGGCGGACGACGAUAAUGUAAACAGGACCGUGACAAAGAAGCUGCUCGAGAAGCUUGGUUGUCAAGUAACCGCUGUUUCAUCAGGUUUCCAGUGCCUCAGUGCUGUAAGCGCCUCCGGCAACACGUACAAAAUUAUCCUCUUAGAUCUUCACAUGCCUGAAAUGGAUGGCUUCGAAGUAGCUAGAAGGAUCCGAAAGUUCCAUAGCCGUAGUUGGCCCAUGAUUAUAGCUCUUACCGCAAGCCCGGAAGAUGACGUGAGGGAGAAAUGCAUACAGGUGGGAAUGCAUGGAUUGAUUCGCAAACCAAUUCUUCUUCAAGAGAUGGCUGAUGAACUCAGGACAGUGUUGCAACGUGCAGGUGAAAAAUUGUGAAAAAACAGUUUCAAGUGCCUCAAAUUUCUUAAGUUCCCUUAAAAGUUAAUUACACAAUGAUUCCCACAAGGAACCUGGAAUUUUCUCUCUAACACACUAGGUUCAUUCUGCUAACCAUUUUCCUGUUUGAUCUCUUUUGCCAUAUAACAAGUUAGGCUUUUUUUCACAAGGUAUACAGAACCAGUUGUCACCAUGGAACAAAAAUAGAUGAAGCAUCAUCAGAUUCUGGAAAUGAGUAAUAAUUUCAUGUAUGUAUAUGUUUCUGGGGGAAAGAAUACUAUUAAUUAAGAUUUAUGAGCUAUUGAGGCAUAUCAUAUGGUUCAUGAUUGUGAA